GCUCAGCCGGAAGUCUUCGGUCCGAUAUUGUUAGUCCUCCGGGGUGUCAUUCACUAUGGCUGUGCCUGCUGGAAGGUCUGUGGUCUUCGUGACUGGAAACGCGAAAAAACUCGAAGAGGUCAUUCAGAUCCUGGGAGAUAGGUUUCCCUACAAACUAGUGUCAAAAAAGAUUGACUUGCCUGAAUACCAAGGGGAGCCAGAUGAGAUUUCCAUACAGAAGUGUAAAGAGGCUGCACGGCAGGUUGAUGGGCCGGUCAUAGUGGAGGACACCUGUCUGUGUUUCAAGGCGUUGGGAGGCCUGCCCGGACCUUACAUAAAAUGGUUCCUGGAUAAACUCAAGCCAGAAGGCUUGUACAAACUCCUAGCUGGGUUUGAAGAUAAAUCAGCAUGGGCUCUCUGCACCUUUGCUUUCUCUGCUGGGAAAGAUGAGCCAGUACAGCUCUUUAGAGGGAAAACAGAGGGACACAUUGUGGAACCCAGGGGGCCUCGAGACUUUGGAUGGGAUCCCUGUUUCCAGCCAGAGGGAUAUGACAAAACCUAUGCUGAACUGCCCAAAGAGGUGAAGAACACUAUCUCACACCGCUACCGGGCGCUUGCAGCCAUGUCUGAGCACUUCUCUCAAACCAACAGUACCUCACCAAAGGGCAAGAAGAAGAAGAAGAACCAGGAGGAUUAAAGAAUCAUUUUAGGCUCACUUCAGGUUCUGAGUCUGCACAAUGCAUCAAACCUCAAGCCGUUGGAUUUGACCGGCCGAGGAUACUCCUUAUCACUAAGACAUGUUUUAUUGUUGGGUC